AAAGCCAGUUCUCAGCCGUGUGAUUGGAAACACACCAGACAGAAGAGGAUACUCGGACAGAAGAGAGAGAGUGUAAAGGGAAUAUGAGACUAAGUGUGACCUAAAAGACUCGUAUGUCUAUAUUAGUGGCUUCCCUUUUGUGUAUUUGUUUGUCUUUUUUGUUGUUGCUUUUUUUGCAUACUAGCUUUCAAGUUCCAGGAAAAGGAGGAAGUGCUGUGAGACGAAGAACUGACUAGCACACUACAGCUCUAGGACACUUAAGGAUCACAGCUGCAGAUGAUGGAAGAGAAAACAGCACAAGGCGGCACAACCCAUGACCUGGACAGAGAGGAGCUGACAGAUUCUGCUAAAGCAGAGAGUGAGCUGAGGCUGGUGUUGCUGGGCUGGGCAGGCACGGGGAAAAGCAGUUUGGGUAACGCCAUCCUCGGCAGUACGGUGUUUGAUACCCGCCAUGGUUCCACCUCUCAGAAGCCAGUAACCAUGAAGUGUGAGAAGGGGUGUGCAAGUGUGGCUAGAAGGCAGGUGGUUGUGGUGGACACUCCAGACUGGUUCUACUCAGAAAGGCCCCCUGAGGAAGUGUACCACCAGCUGGCUCUCUGCGAGUCCCUGUUAGCUCCGGGACCCCAUGCCUUCCUGCUCUGCAUCUCUAUCCAUCGCCCAUGUGAGAACCUCCAGGCUCUGGAUGCCUUAGAGAAAGUGUUCGGUCUCGAAGCCAUCACCAAACACACUGUUGUCCUGUUUACUGAUACGGACCAGCUUCCAGAGGGUCAAACACUGAAAGAGUUCCUUAACAACGAGCAGAAGGAUUUGCUGGAAUUGGUGCAGAGGUGUGGAGACCGUUAUCAUGUCAUUAGAGUAGAUGGAGAAAAGGAGGAGGAGAAAGGCAGAAAGAGUGUGGAGGAAUUGCUGGAGAAGGUGGAGGAGAUGAUUAAAGAGAGCGGGGAGGAAUUCUACACCUGCCCUCCUCUCCCUCACGCAGUAGAGGAAGAGAGAAGGAUGGAAGCGAGUAAUGAGGAAAACUCAUCCAAAGAAAUCAUGAGCAAUGAGUUGAAAGGCUUGGUCGAAGAAUACUCAGACAUGGAGUCUGAAGCAAGCGCAGAGAAAAUGGAGGAGAGCGCAGAUGGUCUGGAGGCAGAGGAGGACAUCAUUUUGUCUCCUCCUGCACCUCCUCCUUCGUUCUUGCGCUGGGUUUGGGACACAGUGGUUGGGUGGGUGCUCUGGCUGCCCAGCCUGGUGAGGGGUAGCACGUUACUCGGCUCUUUUGUGGGGUUGUUUUUCGGGGGUGCCAUGGGGGCUACUGUGGGCUCCGUUGCCACUGAGGUGGGCAGAAGAAAAAACAAAGCAAAAGUAAAAACAAAUUAACACUCUUUGUACGCAUUAGAACACUUUAUGAAAUUGAAAUUUGAUUAAAGUUUGCUAAAAAUAUUCACAUGAGCAAAACAUUGUUACGUUGCUGUAUCAUUAAUACCAAACAAAAGUAACUACAUUUGAGCUAAUGUUAAAUGAUAAAUAUUCAUUUAACACAUUAUGUGAUCUUGGUUUAGGUUUAAGUAAAGGUUCCCAGAACAGAUUUAUAAGCACAUUAAAUGAUAUACUGAAUCUAUACUUUAAGGCUGUUUUGCUUCUUGAUGCUAAAUUACCUUUAAACUUAUUCAGCAGAAUAAGCAUCGAUGUCUAUUAUUUAUAUACUAGAAUAACAAAACAUAUUUCUAUAAUACCAUAAUAUAAUAUGUUUUAUUUGUAAUAUUCAUCAGGGCAUGAAGGUAGUUUACCAAGGUAGAAAAGCCUGUGGUGUUGUAUCUGUAAUGAUAGAGAGAGGAAUUGCUUCCAAGUGAAAGUUGAAGUAAAACAUAGGUUUUACUCUGCUCAUUUAUUUACACGACUUUGAAGUUGUCCAAACAGCAGAGACUUAGUCUUUUUCUUUGCCUUGUUGAUUAUUUAGGAAGUUCUGAAGAAUGAUUUAAGUGAUGAAUAAUAAUUUGCUUAUCCACUGAAGCAUGGAAUGCAUUAAACUCACAUUUUUAUGUUCAUGGUUAUGUUUUCACCAGCUCACACCAUGCACUUCUAUAGCACAAAUUAUUAUUAUUGUUAUCUAAAAAAAAAAAAAUCUAAAUAAAAAUUCCCAUCCCCA